GACGGACGUAAAAUGGACGGAGCAUAAUCCAAAAGUCCACGUAACGUCCACUUUGGACUAAAAACCAUUCACCGCAGCGGAUUAUUAACAUAAUAUAUUUUUAGUCUAUAAAUUCAACCAACCAAUCACCCAUUUGCAUUCCAGUAACCGCCGUUGAUCAACUCCGCCGGAAACCGCCAUGACCACCGUAACUCCUCCCCGAUUCCCCGCCCUUCUUUUCUUCUUCUUACUCAUCUUCGGUGGUAUAAUCCAAAAUGCAAAAGGACAAGCACCGGGGCAGGGAGCUUGGUGUGUAGCGAAACCAUCGACCUCAGACAAAGAGUUACAGAACAACAUCAAUUACGCAUGCACAUACGUCGACUGUAGAAUGAUUCGGCCUGGAGGCGCGUGUUUUGAACCACAAACGCUAGUGAACAAAGCUUCGGUCGCCAUGAAUCUUUAUUACCAGGCAAAUGGAAGGAAUUAUUGGAACUGUGACUUUAAGGGAUCUGGAAUCAUUGCUGUAACCGACCCGAGCUAUGGUGAUUGCAAGUAUUCGUUCAAGCAAUAGAGGUUACUUGUGGCACGUUCGGUCCCUCAUUCACGCUUUCUUGAUGUCUCUUUGUGAGUUAUAAGGAUUAAAAUUAUAGCAAUUUUUAUGUUUCUGGGUUAGAAUAUUGUAAUUCAACAAUAAAUUUCAUGAGAUUAUAUCCAUGAUGUGUGCCAUCAA